AUGUUGAUAAAUCUCGAUUUCUCCGAUGCAAAGAUGGGUUUCCUAUCACAACGAGCCACAGAGGCAGUUGGUGGCCUAGAUCUCCCAUGGAGGUUCGCACCGAGAGGAGACUAUGAUGCAGAUCAUAACCCAGAUGGUUUGAUAUCAUUUGGCACAGCUGAGCAUGCUUUGGUGACGAGUGAAUUGAAGGAGUUCACAGACAAGAAUGUCACCAUCUCCCUAACAGAUUUCCUCUAUCGAGGUAGCCAUGCAGGGGGUUCUCGAUUCCCCAAAGCAUUAGCGGCCCACCUCAACGAAUACCUUCAACCUUAUAGCCCUGUAACUCCUGAUAUGAUUCGUUGCGUUGGUGCUGCUACCGCAAUGCAUGAUAUUCUCGCCUGGGGAGUCGCGGAUCCCGGUGAUGGCGUCUUGACCAGCAGGCCUGUAUAUGGCCGAUUCGAGCUUGAUUUCGGUAACAUGUCCCAAGUUAGAGUCGUAUACUCCAACAAUGAGAUAGAAGAAGCGUUCCAAGAUGAUAUUGUCGAAAAGUUCGAGGAGGCGUUGUUGCGCUCUCGAAAGGCCGGGGUCAAUGUCAAGAUGGUGCUGAUCGUUAAUCCCCAUAACCCCCUUGGACGCUGUUAUCAUAAGUCGACGCUCAUCAGCAUAAUGCACUUCUGCCAGAAACAUAGACUGCAUCUGCUGAGCGAUGAAAUAUACGCCUGCUCCGUUUUCGACACAGAUGAGCCGGCAGUCCCUUUCACCUCCAUACUUUCAAUUGAUCCGACUGGUCUUAUAAAUCCAGAACUUCUUCAUGUCACUUAUGGUCUUAGCAAAGACUUCGGUGCGGCUGGUCUUCGGCUUGGUGCCAUAAUCACUCACAGCCAACCUGUCCUCCGGGCUAUCGAAGCGGCCUUGAGAUUCAACAACCCCUCUGGAGCUAGCUUGGCUAUCGGAAGUGCCAUGCUUGAGGAUCGAGCGUGGUGUCGAGCUUUUAUUGACUCUUCAAGGCUAAAACUUGCCCAAGCACAUCGCCAUAUUACGUCCCAGCUCCGUGACAUGGGUAUUAAGUACUUACCCGGCAGUAACGCAGGGUUCUUUAUUUGGGUUGAUCUAUCCCCAUACCUUCCAUCCGACUUAGACGGAGAGUCGAAUCAGGAAUUUGCUCUCGCGAAAAGGUUGCAUAAGAUGGGUGUGUUUCUGCACCCCCGCGAGGAGCAUUCUAUCGAGCCGGGAUGGUUCCGAAUGGUAUAUUCGCAAGAUCCAAGAACUGUUACCGAGGGGCUUCGGAGAAUCCACAAAGCGAUAUCUUAG